AUGUCAUCUGGUAAUGCGGGUUUCAAUGAAGAGGACGUGAAUAAAUUUUUACGCCCUAAACCUGGAACUGAAAAGCUGUUUGAAGGUCAGAAAGAUAUACUUGCUGACGACGUCUCAAGUCUCUUCCCCUUCAGGUGUCCAUCGCCAUCCCCACCUCCAUCUCCACCUCCACCUCCACCUCGAUCUCCAAUUCCACUUCCACCUAUAAUCCCACCUCCACCUCCACAUCCAUCUCCACCCUCACCUCUACCUCCAUUUCCAUCUUCAACCCCACCAGGAUGUCCAUUUAUAUUUCCACCUCCACAUCCACCUCUACGUCCGCCUGUACCUCCAUCUCCAUCUCCAUCUCCACCUCCAUCUCCACCUCCAUCUCCACCUCGACCUCGACCUCGACCUCUAUCUCUACCUCGUGAGUGGGGCAAUGAUACGGCGUGGGAGGAGGCAAUGAGGACUGAAGGCAGCGGUGAUGCCAAUGACAUGGACAAAUGCAAAGGAGUCUGA